ACAUAAACACAUUUUUACAUCAAAAUGUUCAUCAAUACAUACUUUCAUCAACGGAUACAUACAACAAUACAUACAUCUCUUCCGUUAUUCAUUUAUAAUACUAGGGAUGUAACGAAUGCUCGCAUUCGCAUAUGCGAAUAAUUCGCUUCAUUUUUUACAUUCGCAUUUGCUUUUGCAUUCGCUAAAAUUAAGCGAAUAAUUUAACGAUUCAUUAAAAAAAAAAAAUAAAAAAAAAUCUGGCAACGUUUUUUUUUUUUUGCGAAAAUAAAUUAAAAGAAACGUCAAAAACAAGUAAAAAUCAAAUACGUUUUUUUACUGUUAAUGUUUGCUGUUUAUUGAAAAGCGUGAAAAGUAUUUAAAAUGAAGCCAAAAUCAAGCAGUGUUUGGAAAUAUUUUACAAUUUUAGGAAAAGAAAAAGCCAAAUGUACAAUUUGUGAAAAAAUAUUAUCCCGUAAGGGUCGGUGCACAAGUGGCUUGAUUAUUCAUUUAAAACACAAACACAAUGAGGAGUACAAAAAAAUGGAAGAAACCAAAUGUGAAAAAAGAGCCUUAACAUCAAUGCCAACUUCUCUGCAAGUCGCAAAAAGACAAUUAACAAUAAAUGAAUCUUUAAGGGGUAAAGUUAUGUGGGACGUGUGCAACCCGAGAUCAAAGGAAAUAGAUAAAUUAAUUGGAGAGAUGGUUGCUUUGCAAGAUCUUCCGUUUAAUUUUGUAGAAGGAAUCGGUUUCAGGCGUUUAAUGGAGUCAGUAUUACCCCGCUAUGUUUUGAGGGGACGGCAAUACUUUACGGAAUACGUUUGUGAAACAAUGUAUGCAGAAAUCAAGAACCAAAUUGUUCAGUUAUUAAAAACAUUUAACAAACUUUCUUUUACCACUGACAUUUGGUCGGAACCCAGUGCUGGGGUUUCUCUUUUAAGUUUGACAGCACAUGGUAUAUCAUUGGAGUUCAAAAGAGUAAAUAUUGUACUCAGGUGUGAAAGCAUCGAAGGCAGUCAUACUGGCGAUGUUAUAAAAUCAACUAUACUUUCAAUGAUAAAUGAAUGGCAAAUUUCUGAUAAAGUACACUGCGUUGUCCAUGAUAAAGGGUCUAAUAUGAUUAGAGCAAUGAAUCUUACUAACUUUUUGCACAUAAACUGUUCCGUACAUCAGCUUCAACUUUGUAUUAAAAAUGCUUUAAACUUAAAAGAAAUUCAAGGGCUUAUUGCGACUAACAGGAAACUAGUCUCACAUUUCAAUCACUCACUUUUGGCAAAGGAAAAGCUGAGUAAUAUACAAAAAAACAAGCUGAACCAAAAACCUCUUGGUGUAAUACAGGAUUGUCCAACCAGAUGGAAUAGUACAUAUUAUAUGAUGGAAAGAUUAUUGAAAAUUAAAGACUCAAUAAUAUUGUAUCUUAACAACUACGAGCAACUUUCCAUAACUCUCGAUGAUUGGAAAAUAAUGGAAAAAUGUGUAAACAUCUUAAAACCUUUUGAGGAGGUUACUCGAGAACUUAGCAGUUCAACUAUUUCGAUUUCGUCGGUUAUACCAUUAAUACACAUUCUCACAUCUAAAUUAAAUAAAGAAAAAUCAUUGGAAAGCGGUCCACCUUAUGUAGCCAAAAUAAUUGAAACGCUUAUGUAUGAGCUGAAUUUCAGAUUUUCUGAUUUAAGACAAACACCAAUAUUUUCAAUAUCAUCAUAUUUGGAUCCAAGAUACAAACUAAAGUUUUUUGGCGAGGAUGAUAAAAAUAAGAUUCGCUCUGAACUUGUAAAAUUAAUACAUCAAAAUUAUUCCGAUGUUGAAGUGUGCAAUUCUUCAACAAAAAUAACAGAGAAAACUACUUUAAUAGCUAAUGACAACGACGCAGGUCCCCAUAACGCUUCAUCACAAAUACAAGCUGAUAUAGAAAUGUUUUUAAAUGAAGACAGCAGUGAUAUUGAAUACGAAGUGGAUGAAAUAUUAACAGUUUCUGAAAUAAACGAGAUAUUAAAAGAAUAUGAUAAGGAACGAAAAGUUCACAUUUCCCAAGACCCACUACUAUGGUGGAAAAAAAAACUGUUAAAAUAUAAAAUUUUAGUUCCGGUAGUACGUCAGUUUCUAUCCACUCCCCCCGGAAGUGUUCCUAGUGAACAAUUAUUUAGUGGAGCUGGAUUAAUAUAUGAUACUCGACGCUUCAAUCUUAAAAGUGACAAAGCAGCAAAACUUUUAUUUAUAAAAUAUAAUUUGGCUCAAUUAAAUUUUGAAUAUUAAAGGAUUUGUUUUAAAUAAUAGUAUAUUUAUCAUUAAACAGUUUAGUUGCUGAUAUAAUUUUUUAAAUCUAAAUAAAAUAUUAACACCCUUAUUCAUAAACAACAUUUUAUUUUAUAAAAGGUUUAUAAAACAAAAUUUUGAAAUUAUGAAUAAGGCCUUUAGUAUACUUGGAAUAAGCAGCCAAAAUCAGUAAUGAAACAUGAAUUAUC